AUGUCAGUACAGACUCCAGUUUGUGAUCCAUAUCAAUUUUCAACGUCACUUUCUAUUACUCUUUCUUUUUCUUCCUUAUUUUCUAUACAUGGAAUUCUAUGUCAGCUGACAUCUUUGCAUCCAGUAUCUAUUCUACACAAUUUUCUUAUUGAUUGUCUGUUCACUGUCCUGCAAUCUAUCAGAAGCGUGCAUUGGUUGCAGCAUCUCUCUUCCCCAUUCAUGACCCUACCAAUUACCCUCUUUUUAAUAACUUUUCCUUCUCUUUUUCCUCUCUGUCUAAUUCUUGCCUCUUCUAUUUCUCCAUUUCUUCUUACUUUCCUUCUAUCUUUUCAUCUUUCCCAAUCUGUAUUCUCAAUAUUCACUCCAAUCUCUUUCAUUUACUCUUUCUCUUUUUCAGCAUUUUCUUUUCCUUUUUCAUCUCUUCUCUUUCUUCCAUUUUCUCCAAUUCACCCUGUUACUAUUUAUCUUUUUUUAGCCAUUUUUAGCCAUUUUUUCUUCUCUCUCUCUCUCUCCCUCUCCCUCUCCCCUGCUUCUGGGCUGUUGUUUGAUGAGUCAUGCUUCAUUCCUUUUAGAAUUGAGAGUGUGAAUCAUAUUUUUCCAUGGUCCAAGGCUACAGGUGUUAAUACUGGUCUGUCUAAGCCUCUGUUUGGUGUCUCAUUUUCUGUUCAUUGUAGAGAAACUUGUGGAAGAGAAGACAUGGAAAUAAUCACUUUGCCAGUAAGUGCAGGACUGGAUCUAUUCUAG